CGAAUAUUCCUUUUAUACUUUCUUCCUUCUCCUUCGUCUCCUUCUUCUUCAAUUCAAUCUUUCAGAUUUCGAGGAGGAAAAGGAUUCGUGUAAGCAAAAAAAAAAAGCUUUUAGCUUCUCGUUAUAUAUAUCCUCCUUUCUUCUAUCUCUCUCUCUCUCUCUCUCUCUCUCUCGGUCGAUACAGGAUAGAGAAGAGAUGCAGAGAGAAGAAGGAGAAGAAACAUCAACCAUCGGCGUUGUCCCGGCGAUGAAAUCGCCGACGCCAACAUCUCUUCUGAGCUUUUGGGAUGUCACGGCAGCUUCCGGCGUCGUUUUAGGGUUUCUGAUGGGCCUUGUUUGCGUUUAUCUCACAAUGCCUCAAUCUGAUUACAGUUUCCUCAAGCUCCCUCGUAAUCUCGAAGAUCUUCAGAUUCUUAAAGAUAAUUUGGAGAUUUACACAAGUGAUUACACAGUUCAAGUUCUUGUUGGAUAUUGUCUGGUCUACGUUUUUAUGCAGACGUUUAUGAUUCCUGGAACUGUGUUUAUGUCUUUGCUUGCUGGUGCUCUCUUUGGAGUUAUCAAAGGAAUGGCUCUUGUUGUCUCUACUGCAACAGCUGGUGCUUCUUCUUGCUAUUUCCUCUCUAAGCUCAUUGGUAGACCGUUACUCUUCUCGCUUUGGCCUGACAAGCUCGUAUUCUUCCAAGAACAGGUUGCGAAGAGAAAAGAUCGGUUGCUGAAUUAUAUGCUCUUCUUGAGACUAACACCAACAUUGCCUAACACUUUCAUUAAUGUUGCUUCUCCAAUUGUUGAUGUUCCUUACCAUAUCUUCUUCUUAGCUACAUUCAUUGGUCUGAUUCCUGCUGCAUAUGUCACUGUCCGGGCCGGGCUUGCUCUUGGAGAGCUAAAAUCAUUGGGAGAUCUCUAUGACUUCAGCUCCGUGGCGACUCUGUGUCUCAUUGGUGUGCUCUCUGUGACUCCAACCUUAAUUAGCAAGAAGAAAGCGUAGAAGAAGAUGAUCAUUGGAGACAUAUAAGACAACGCCUUCUCAUGCGUGCGAGUUACGAUGAUGAUGAUGAUGAUGAUGAUGACGAUGAUGAUGAGAGCAUUCAUAAGCCUCUUUGUGUAUAUAUUUAGAAUGUUAGGAUCAAUUUCAAAACCCACCUGUUCUCUUCAUGUUUUAACUAAAAAUGUACUACUAGACUACAUCUCAAACGGGUUUCAUGGGCCUUGGCAUUAAGUUUAUGGGCCUAGUUAUCGCAAAAUACACUCACAAUA